AUGACGCAGUCCUGGGAUCCCUCCAUCGCUUGCACCCCAGAGAGGAUACGGAAGGAGAUUGCCAAUUGCGAAAAUGGAAUUCUGGCUGCGGAGCACAGGGGUGAAAAGCAGGUCGCGAGGGAAAAGAAGCGACUAGAAGAAGUUCUCACGACCAGGGCAGAGAUGCUCGCUAAUCAUGCGAAGGUAUUGGCAAAAAUGUCAGAGGAGCAUGAUGUUAGCUUGGCGGCCAUGGUUCGCAAGGCUGAGGGCGAGCUCAACGCCAGCCUGUCUGCCCAGGACGCAGCCAUCAGCGAGUGCAAAAACAUGUUCGAGAAAGCUGCGGAGAUCGAGCAGCGCAAGGCCAUCCUGGAGAAAGAGGUGAAGGAAUUAUACCGCAGCUUGGACAAGCUGCAAAAGGAUUUCGAUGCAGAGAGAGUCGCAUUGAUUGAGGCAGCUGAGAACGAGGUUCAGCGACUUUUCAGCAAUACCGCAGAGCAGGUGCGUAACGCUUCGCUCUUCGCUCAAGAAGUUCAGACUGAUGCUUUUGCGGCAAUCGACCGCAUGCAGGACGAGAUCAAAGCCAGCGCAGAAGUCGCUGAUUCGAUGGCGCAGUCCAGAAGCAGGUUUGAUGCCCUUCACCAGGUUGCUUCCAGCCGUACUGUCAAGGGCAUCUCCGAGAAGCAUUUCACUGAUGAGAAGUCAAAGAUAUUGGGCCAGUGGUGGAAUUCUUGGGAAGGCCAUAUCGGUUCACUUUCUCCUGGACCGCCUUCCCUGGCACAGAUCGCGGCGUCUCGACCAGACACCCCGAUGGUGCCGUCGCAACACCGGCCAAGAUCCGUUGAGCUGGCCCGACAGCGGGCAGAGCAGCAGAGCCGCAAAGCCUGGAAUGCCUUGCCUACCGUCUCGCAGGAGCUUCGGCCCAAGACAGCACCAUGA